GCCCUUCCUACCGACGCGGCUUCUGGGGGCGGGACUUGAACGCGGCUCGCGAGAGGGAGGCGCGCUCCUGGCGGAGACCGAGGGAAGAAAGGAAAAGGGGAGUCGCAGCAGCGUUCAGCGGACUGAGAGGGACAGGCGUGCACUCGAGACAGUCUUCCCCCUCCCACUUUCACACCCUUCUCACUUCAGCUGGUAAAAUUGCUGAGCCGCAACUUUGUUUCCCGGGGACGGAGAAGGACCAACGCGGACUUUCACAUGCUGCAUCCUCUGGACCUUCAAGUGCUUUUGUCAGCAUGGAAGAGUAGGCAUGUGGCAUCGUGAAAGAGAUGGCUUUUAAUUCAACGAAGCUGUGCUUGCUGGAGUUUGACUUUGUGCACCUAUAAGGGACUUGAAGUUUAUGGGAAGUACUUGGUUUUACCACUGAGGAUUGUUGUCGCCAUUUGGGACACCCUUCUCCUGCUCUUGGUUGCUGAAGAGGUGCACAGCAGAGCAGACAUGGCGAACAACUCAUACAGCGGGGUGAAGAACUCCAUGGCCGAGACCAACCAUGAGGGGGACUUUGGCUGCUCCCUCAAGGAGCUCUGCAACCUCAUGGAACUUAGGGGGACCGAAGGAUUGCACAAAAUUGAGGAGUCUUACGGUGGUGUUCAGGGACUCUGUACAAGAUUGAAAUCAUCGCCUGUAGAAGGGUUGAGUGGCCAUCCCUCAGACAUUGAAAAAAGAAAAGCAGCAUUUGGACAGAACUUUAUACCUCCAAAAAAGCCAAAAACCUUUCUUCAGUUAGUGUGGGAAGCACUGCAAGAUGUAACACUCAUUAUUCUGGAAGUGGCAGCCAUAGUUUCGUUAGGCCUUUCUUUUUAUAAGCCUCCGGGUGCAGAUAGAGAACACUGUGGGAAGGGAGCUGGAGGCGUUGAGGAUGAAAACGAGUCAGAAGCAGGCUGGAUUGAGGGUGCAGCCAUCCUUUUGUCUGUUAUCUGUGUGGUGCUGGUGACAGCCUUCAAUGACUGGAGCAAAGAGAAACAGUUUCGGGGGCUACAGAGCCGGAUUGAACAAGAGCAGAAAUUCUCUGUGGUGCGAGGGGGCCAGGUCAUUCAGAUCCCUGUGACAGAAAUUGUCGUGGGGGACAUCGCACAAAUCAAAUAUGGUGACCUCCUGCCUGCUGAUGGUAUACUGAUUCAAGGCAAUGAUCUCAAAAUCGACGAGAGCUCCCUUACGGGGGAGUCGGACCAUGUCAAGAAGACACUGGAUAAGGACCUCAUGCUUUUGUCAGGGACCCAUGUCAUGGAGGGUUCUGGCAAGAUGGUUGUCUCAGCUGUAGGGGUCAACUCUCAAACUGGAAUCAUCUUCACUUUGCUGGGUGCAGGAGAAGAUGAUGAUGAUGAUGAUGAGGAGAAGGAGGAAAAGAAGAAGGAAAAGGAGAAGAAAAAGGAAAAGAAAAACAAAAAGCAGGAUGGGUCUGUUGAAAACCGCAAAAAAGCUAAAGCUCAAGAUGGAGCUGCCAUGGAGAUGCAACCCCUUAAGAGUGAGGAGGGGGGUGAUGCUGAGGAGAAACGGAAGGCCAACCUACCAAAGAAGGAGAAGUCUGUUCUUCAAGGGAAGCUGACUAAGUUAGCAGUCCAAAUUGGGAAAGCGGGCCUUGUUAUGUCAGCCAUCACUGUCAUCAUCCUGGUGGUCCUCUUUGUGGUUGACACCUUUUGGAUCCAGGGUUUGCCAUGGGUCAAAAGCUGUACUCCAAUCUACAUCCAGUUCUUUGUCAAGUUCUUCAUCAUCGGUGUCACUGUGCUGGUCGUGGCUGUCCCCGAAGGUCUUCCUCUUGCUGUCACAAUCUCUCUGGCCUAUUCUGUUAAGAAAAUGAUGAAAGACAACAAUUUAGUGAGACACCUGGAUGCCUGCGAAACAAUGGGAAAUGCAACCGCCAUCUGUUCUGAUAAGACCGGGACCUUGACCAUGAACAGGAUGACUGUUGUUCAGGUGUACGUGGCUGAUAAACAUUACAAGAAGGUCCCUGAACCUGAGCUUAUCCCAGCAACCAUCAUGGACCUGCUCAUUCUGGGGAUAGGGGUGAAUUGUGCGUACACUACUAAAAUUAUGCCCCCUGAGAAAGAAGGGGGUCUGCCUCGACAGGUUGGCAACAAAACGGAAUGUGCCUUGCUGGGCUUCGCCCUUGAUUUGAAAAGAGACUAUCAAGCCAUUCGCAAUGAAAUCCCAGAAGAAAAACUGUACAAAGUCUAUACUUUCAACUCUGUCAGAAAAUCUAUGAGCACUGUCCUGAAGAAUGCUGAUGGAAGCUUCCGGAUGUUCAGCAAAGGAGCUUCUGAGAUCCUCCUCAAGAAGUGCUGUAAAAUUUUGACGGCAAACGGCGAGCCAAAGUUGUUCCGACCUAGGGACCGGGAGGACAUGGUUAAGAAGGUGAUUGAGCCCAUGGCCUCAGAAGGCCUGAGGACCAUCUGCCUUGCUUACAGGGACUUUCCACCAUCUGAGGGGGAGCCUGACUGGGAAAACGAGAACGAGAUCCUCACAAGCCUCACCUGCGUGUGUGUUGUGGGGAUUGAGGAUCCCGUCAGGCCAGAGGUCCCUGAUGCCAUUAGAAAGUGCCAGCGAGCUGGAAUCACAGUGCGCAUGGUCACUGGGGACAACAUCAACACAGCCAGGGCCAUAGCCACCAAGUGUGGCAUCCUCCAGCCUGGAGAUGACUUCUUGUGCCUGGAAGGCAAGGAGUUCAACAGGCGGAUACGCAAUGAGAAAGGAGAGAUCGAACAAGAGCGCAUUGACAAGAUCUGGCCUAAGCUCCGAGUGCUGGCAAGAUCUUCCCCAACUGACAAACACACACUAGUUAAAGGUAUAAUUGAUAGUACAGUAGCAGAACAAAGACAAGUUGUUGCUGUGACUGGGGAUGGGACCAAUGACGGCCCUGCCUUGAAGAAAGCCGAUGUUGGCUUUGCAAUGGGCAUUGCUGGCACAGAUGUAGCCAAAGAAGCAUCAGACAUCAUCCUGACAGAUGACAACUUUAGCAGCAUUGUAAAGGCAGUCAUGUGGGGGAGGAAUGUGUAUGACAGCAUCUCCAAGUUCCUCCAGUUCCAACUGACAGUUAACGUUGUGGCUGUCAUUGUGGCUUUCACUGGGGCCUGCAUCACACAAGACUCUCCUCUAAAGGCUGUGCAGAUGCUGUGGGUGAACCUCAUUAUGGACACCUUUGCCUCCCUGGCACUGGCAACAGAGCCACCCACCGAGUCACUGCUACUAAGGAAGCCAUACGGUCGCAACAAGCCACUCAUCUCCCGCACAAUGAUGAAGAACAUCUUGGGCCAUGCUGUCUAUCAGCUUACCAUCAUCUUCACCCUACUUUUUGCUGGUGAACAAAUCUUUGAUAUUGACAGUGGACGAAAUACCCCCUUAAAUGCGCCGCCAUCUGAGCACUACACCAUUGUCUUCAACACCUUUGUCAUGAUGCAGCUUUUUAAUGAAAUUAAUGCCCGCAAGAUCCAUGGUGAGCGGAAUGUCUUUGAUGGCAUCUUCAAUAACAUCAUCUUCUGUUCCAUUGUUCUUGGAACUUUCAUUAUUCAGAUUGUGAUUGUGCAGUUUGGUGGGAAGCCUUUCAGUUGUGUUGGACUUUCCAUUGAUCAGUGGCUGUGGUGCAUCUUCCUUGGAAUGGGUUGCCUGCUUUGGGGCCAGCUCAUCUCUUCCAUCCCCACAAGUCGGCUGAAGUUCCUGAAGACUGCAGGCCAUGGCACCCAGAAAGAGGAGAUCCCUGAUGAAGAGCUGGAGGACAUGGAUGGUCUGGAUGAGAUUGAUCAUGCAGAACGUGAGCUGCGCCGCGGUCAGAUCCUCUGGUUCAGGGGUCUCAACAGAAUCCAGACUCAGAUGGAUGUUGUCAGUGCUUUCCAGAGUGGAACUUCCUUUCAGGGGGCGGUACGGCGGCAGCCCUCCAGCACCAGCCAACAACAUGAUAUCCGAGUGGUGAACGCCUUCCGCAGCAGCCUAUCCCCGUAUGAGGGGCUGGAGAAACCAGAGUCCAGGAGCUCUAUCCACAACUUCAUGACCCACCCCGAGUUCCGAAUAGAGGAUUCAGAGCCCCACAUCCCCUUGAUUGAUGACACUGAUGCUGAGGACGAUGCCCCCACCAAGCGUAACUCCACACCUCCUCCCCCACCCUCACCCAACAAGAACAAUAAUGCUGUGGACAGCAGCAUCCACCUCUUCCUGGAGAGCAGCAAGUGUGUGAGCCCCACUGCCCCAGGAAGCCCCCUGCACAGCCUGGAGACAUCCCUCUGAUCCAGCACAGCCAGCCACUACCUUUUUCUUACUACUCAUUUGAUCAUUUUUUGCUCUGUCCUUGGAGCACAACAUGCUUCAGAGGAUACCAGUGAGGGGCACUGUGGAGAGCUGGUACCACCAGAAUGUCCUCUCUGAGCCUCACUUGUGCAAGACUGAAACAAGACCAAACAUGACAAUGUAGGGUUUGUUUGCCCCCACCCCCAUCCCACAGUAAAAUGUUUCCCACCUACAGUGGCACUUCCCAACCCUCUUUGAUCAAUAUUACCUGGUGAAAAGGGGAGGGGUGUUUAUAAAAUUAGACUGAAAGUGACCUAUUUUUUUUCUUAUUUUCGUAAGAGAGGGGCUUUCAUCAUAGCUAAAGAGAACAUGUAUUAAAUGGAAAGACCAUAAAGCAGGGUCUGUAGUUGAUCUGGAUGUGUGUUGUAUAUUAUCUUUUUCCCUUACACAUUCAGACACUUUAAUUUCUACUAUAUUGGCUGUUAAUAUUUUGAAUUAUUUAUGUUCUCAGAGAAGCAGGUCUGUUUACAAGCUUUGUGGAUAUUUAAUUUGUAGGUGAAGGAGCUUCCUGAUGAAUGAAGCAGACAAAUGGAAGGUGCAAGAAUAAGUAAUUUCAGAUACUGCUGUUUCCCCCCCCCCCCCAGGAAAAAAAAAAGGGUGUUU